GAAUGGAGACUUCAGCAAUCCUCACUCUCCACCUGCUGCUGAGUGCUUCUUUGGCCCUGACCCAGUCCUUUAAAGGCUCCCACUCCUUGCGGUACUUUGACAUCGCAGUGUCAAGGCCUGGCCUAGAGGAGACCCACUACAUGACUGUUGGCUACGUGGAUGACACAGAGUUUGUGCAUUUCAACAAUGAAGCAGUGAAUCCGAGGUUUGAGCCCCGGGUGCCCUGGAUGGAACAGAUGGGACAGAAGUACUGGGAUGACCAGACACGCAUUGCCAAAGUCGCGGAACAGCAGAUUAGAGUGUACUUUCAGAAACUGCGAGGCUACUACAACCAGAGCCAGAACAGUUCUCACACCAUCCAAAGGAUGACUGGCUGCUACAUUGGACCAGACGGACACCUACUUCAUGCAUACCGUCAGUUUGGAUAUGAUGGACAAGAUUACCUCACUUUGAAUGAAGAUCUGAGCACCUGGACUGCGGCAGAUUCGGCAGCUGAGAUCACCCAUAGAGAGUGGAAGGCAACUAAUGAGGCUGAGUUCUGGAGGGUCUACUUGGAGGGCCCUUGCAUGGUGUGGCUCUUUAAAUACCUGACAGUGGGAAAUGAGACUCUACUGCGCGCAGAUCCCCCCAAAGUAUAUGUGACCCAUCACCCCAGACCUGAAGGUGACAUCACCCUGAGGUGCUGGGCCCUGGGCUUCUACCCUUCUGACAUCACCCUGAUCUGGCAAAGAGAUGGAGAGGACCUGACCCAGGACAUGGACGUAAUUGAGACCAGACCUGCAGGGGAUGGAACCUUCCAGAAGUGGGCAGCUGUGGUGGUGCCUUCGGGGAAGGAGCAGAAUUACACAUGCUAUGUAGAACAUGAGGGGCUGUCUGAACCCCUCACCCUGAGAUGGAGUAGACCUCCUCAGUCUUUCAUUCCCACAAUAGUAGUUGCUGUUGGCCUGGUUCUCCUGGGAGCUUCUGUGGCUACACUUGUCAUUUGGAAGAAGAGCUCAGGUGGUGAAAGGGGUAGCCUGAGUUUUCUUUCCAACUGAGGAACUCCAAUCCCCAGGUAAGUUUUCUCUGCCUCCUUGUUGGGAAGGGAUAUGGCCUGUUAUUCCCAAAGGCACAAUUCAGAAUGUCAUAACCGCAAAUAUUUCAAUCUUAAAAGAUCAAAAUACAAAUUUUUAAAUGUAUCCAAAACCAUAAGC